GUUUCAAAAAUAAUUCAACAGCAAAUGAUUAUCCAUUCAUUUGCGCCAACCUAAUUCUUUCACCUACACUCGGUGUUGGAUAUACCACGACCCAAGCCAAACCAUUCAUUAAUUUAUUAUUAUCGGUCAUUUUUUUAAUUUACAUCGGACAUUUGGCGAUGAAGAAAAGUCGGCAGGGUCGCCCUCAUUUACAAUGGUCUUCACCGACUUGAGACGCCAGUUGACGGGAUUCGUCACUGGAGGCCGACACAACUACACUCCACUCCCUGGAAAUGCCACACGCUCGCGAAUUCAGAAGCGCUUCGCUAACUGGGUCGACAAUAACAGAGUCGGAAUAAGAUUCAUGCUAUGCAUUCUUCUCUCAGUUAUUUUGAUAGCCUUCUCCACGAGUUUUAUGUCAUCCUUAUCAACGCAAGAGUGUCGUGGCUUCAUACAUGAUCGUCACUGUAAGAAGGAGAUUUCUCGCUCGUGGGGCCAGUAUUCAUCCUCAUUUUCGGUUCCUUCGAAAAUUCCGGCGUCUAUUCCUGGAGAAUGCGUAGUGUCUUUCGCACAGCUAUUAUCCCGCCACGGAGCUCGCGACCCCACAGCACAUAAAUCUUUAGCGUAUGCUGCUGUCAUAGAUCGCAUCCAGAAUGAUGUGAAGGAUUAUAGCGGGAACCUCAAGUUUAUCAAGGAUUACAAGUAUACUCUUGGUGCCGACCAACUGACGCUCUACGGUGAGCAACAGAUGGUGGAUUCUGGCGUCAAAUUUUAUGAGCGCUAUCGAAACCUGGCUGGUAUAUCUAUCCCUUUUAUACGUGCCUCGGGCCAAGAACGUGUUGUCGAGUCGGCACAGAAUUGGACACAGGGCUUCCAUCAGGCGCGAUCGGCAGACAGCGAUUACAACUUCCCGGAUCCAUAUCCUUAUAAUAUUCUAAUUAUCCCCGAAGAAGAUAAUUUCAACAACUCGCUCAGUCCCGAUCUUUGCCCCGCCUUUGAGAACACCCGGCACGAUAAUGAUGAUGAGCAGAGCGCAUGGAUCCAGACGUUCGUGCCGCCCCUCACCGAAAGACUGAAUCGACAGCUUCCAGGUGCGAAUUUGUCUGAUGAAGAGACGAUCUAUAUGAUGGAUUUGUGUCCCUUCAACACUGUCGCUAAUGCAAAGGGCAAGCUUUCGGAGUUCUGCAAUUUAUUCACCGUAGACGAGUGGCGUGAUUACGACUAUUAUCAAUCAUUGGGCAAAUGGUAUGGGUAUGGUAAUGGAAGUCCUCUGGGUCCGACUCAGGGAGUUGGCUUUGUUAAUGAGUUGAUUGCGAGACUCACCGGCCAGCCAGUUAUCGAUCAUACCACCACCAACUCAACGCUUGAUAGAUCGGAAUCCACAUUCCCUUUGCAUUAUGCUCUUUACGCUGACUUCAGCCAUGAUAACGACAUGAUGGAUAUCUUCAGCACACUAGGUUUAUAUAACUUAACAGAUGCACUACCUGGUGACCACCGAGUCAGUGCACAGGAAGCUAAGGGAUUCUCAGCCAGCUGGGUCGUCCCGUUUGCUGCAAGACUCUACGUGGAAAAGAUGGUUUGUUGGGGUUCUACAGAGGAGUUGGUGAGAAUCCUGGUCAAUGACCGAGUUGUACCGUUGCAGAAUUGCGAUGCCGAUGAGCUGGGCCGCUGUACGGUGAGCAAAUUCGUCGAAAGCCAAAGCUUUGCCAGGAAUGGUGGACAUUGGGAUCAGUGUUUUGUUUGAUAUCAUAGCCUCUCUUUUACUAAUACCCCUAAUAUCCUUAACGAAUCGAUGAGUCUAUGAAUAGAGGGUUGCAUUACAAGAUUUACAUCGUGGCUGUUCCUUAGUUGAUUGAUCCGAUGUGUAUAUCCGUGAUUCGCGAACGCAUUAUGGAGCCUGAUAAAGCACGUCAACUGCAGAAUCUUUAACAAGAAACAUACCUAGGUAUUCAGGCAUCCGAUUUCGCAAACAUAACCCCUUUUCAAAGCAUGACAACAAAAUAUUCUAAUAAUAACUAAAAUAUCUUGUCAUUGACGACGGAUAUGCCGUCAAUCUUCACAUGACCCGGAAGAUGUGAUAGAACAUUUGUAAUUCUUUCUGUUAUUGCAAGGCAGAUUUUCUG